UUUUUGGGGGGGAAGGGUGAGUUGGUGUUUAUGAGAAGCUUUAUGACUCCUGAUAAGCUCAUCUUUGAGGACGACACAGAACUGUGUUCCUUGAGGAAUUGGAGUGGUGACGUCUUUUCUGAUACCCGAUUAUUACGUGACUGGGGGAAAAAAAAAAGGCAUUUGAUUCAUGAAUAAAAAUCCGGACACCACCACGGGGGCAACAAACAAUAUUGCCCGUCCUCUCAGGUAACAAGCAGGCAAAUGUUUAUGAAGAGGGCUGUUGCCGAAACGGGGUGUUUGCAAAGAUUUUGUUGCUAAUUGCGUAUCAGACGGAAGGCUGCGGAAGGCUGGUCAAGUUUGAAGCCACCGAGCAGGAAGAGAAGAAGAGGAGAAGGCUGAAGGCGCUCAGUGAGGGGAGAGAUCUGGGGAAGACAGCAUCGCACGCAGCCAGCCCGCGGCUCCCGCCUCCGCUCCGCCCGGGCUCGCUCCCUUCCCCUUCCCCUGCGCUCCCUUCUCCGGCGACAUCUCGCUCCAUCCCUCUUUCUCCCUUCCCCUUGCAGACUCCACUCCAGAUCUGUGCUGUUACCUGCAAACUUUUUUCCCUUUAUCUUUUUUUUUUUUUUUCCUUCUUCUCUCUCUUUUUUUUUUUUUUUUUUUUUUUUUUUUUUUGAGUGGAUUCCCCUAAAACCAACAAACAACUAACUGCUGCUUUUGCGUCUUCUUCAUCCCGCGGGUCCUUCGCCCAUCGGAGAGGCGAUGCCACGAGGGUUUUAACUCCUUUCGGCCGCAACUUGGGAGACAGCUCGAUUCCUCCCCCUCAUUUUGGAGUGGCAAUGUGUAGCAAAGCGAUCCUAGCACUCCUGGUCUAUGGCAUAAUAAUGCACUGCAGCGUCUACUGCUCACCUGCGGCUGGACUUCAGUACCCGGCGCUCAGGCUGGAGGAUGAAGUCUACGACGAGGAUGGGAACACCCUGCAGGACUUCGCCUACGACCACGAGCCCCUCGGUAUAGCCAACCCGUCCUCCAUGAUCGGCGAGAUGUACACCUUGUAUUACCCACCGGAAAAGAGGCACGCCGAUGGGAUCUUCAACAAAGCCUACAGGAAACUCCUGGGCCAGUUAUCCGCCAGGAAAUAUCUGCACUCUCUGAUGGCCAAGCGGGUCGGCGGUGCCAGCGGCGGCCUGGGGGACGAGGCGGAACCGCUGACCAAGCGGCACAUAGACGGCAUCUUCACGGACAGCUACAGCCGCUACCGGAAACAAAUGGCUGUCAAGAAAUACUUAGCAGCCGUCCUGGGGAAAAGGUAUAAACAAAGAGUUAAAAACAAAGGACGCCGAGUAGCGUAUUUGUAGCGAUGAGUAACCAGCCACUCCUGUGUAUACAAAGUCCUGAGAGAGAGAGAGAGAGAGAGAGAGAGAGAGAGAGAGAAACCCAACAACAAAAAAAAAUCUAAACAAAAACUAAAGUCAUUUCCAAACUGACUGAACAAUCACCGCUCCUGUGUUAUCUAAACAUGUAUUUAUGUAUGAAGUAAAGCCAUUAAAUGAAUAUUUUGAUAAUAAUAUUGUUUUUCUUUUGUACAAAAGCACUAGAGAAACGCACAGAUCUACUUUGUGGACCAAUCAUUAAGUUAUAUAUAAUAUAUAAAUAUAUAUAUAAAUACUACUACGAUUAUUAAAGAACAAUUCUUCAUAUAAAGCCUGCACAAGAACAAGAAUUCGCCUGAGCUGUUUAUGUUUUUAUAUAAAAUAAAUAGAAAAAAAAAGACAAUCAUUGUUUUGAAUAUUGCUCCUAUUUUUGUAAUGGAAAUUAAAAGGAUAGUAUUUUUAUCCGUGACAGGGUCGAAGACAUUAAUUUUCACCAUUUGCUACUGUACAUAGAGAAGGAUGCCCUGCUCCCAGGGGAUUAUGAGGAAAAUGAUUUGGGAGAAUUGGUGAAGCAGAUUCUUCCCCCGGUGAGUCUCAAGGCAGGCUCCUUUGCCACUAGCCUCUCUGAAGGGGCAGCGUCCCCUUUCCUCUAGAUUUCGAUUUUUUUUCCCCUCCUGCUUUCUUUGAUUCCAGUUGUAUCUGUAUUAGUGUCUCCUCAAACAAUGAGCUUAGAGGAUAAUUCUCUUGUGAAAACAACAGCUCGAUCCAAAUUAUGCAUCACUGUUGCCUAUUGGAGGGAGAAAUAGUUAAAAAAGCCCAAACCAAAAUAAUAAUAACAACAACAAAAAAUCUAAACAAAACCAAAAAAAGCCAAACCCCAAACCCCAACCCCUAAAUCCCGAACCAGCAGCAAGGAUAGUGAGUACUAAGCCCCGUGCACUGCUCUUCUGGCUGGCUGGGCAGAGUUGCAGGACAAAGCGAAAGCGGCGACAGGACCCGUUUGCAAAGAGCGGGGCCGUGAGAGCCGGGACCGGGGCCGGGACCGGAGCCGGUGCCGCAGGGUCGAGGGAAGACAAGGCGAUCCCACCUCCGAUCCGCUACCCAACUGCCCCGGGCAGCUCGGUACUGGACCUGGAUGCAAAGUACAGUGUGUUACUCUCCAGUGCUGUCCAUGCUUCUCAUCAUGUGUAAUGAGCAGGGUUCUCGCCUUUGCAUUUUUUCGGUCGGAGUUGCUUUUCUUUGAUUGUUUUUUUCUUGUAGACCCUCCCGCCUCUCAUCCUCUCUUCACACUUUUCCGAGCUCUGUUUAACCCACCUGAGUCACCUUUUCGGGUUAUGUUCUUUUGGGGAAAAAAAAAAAAAAAAGAAAAAAAAAAAGAAAAAAAAAAGAUUGUGAACGCUCUCUCACUCCUUUGUUCUGUUUUAUGCAAGCUCUUAUUGUACAAGUUUAGGAACCCCUGUUGUAGCUACCACUAAAGAAUUAUGCACUACUACGAAAGUUUUUGUUCCUUGUUUAUUGAGUUUGGAGGUAAAAUGUAUUUUUCUACAUUCUGGCUUAUUGCUUAGUAAAAUUUAUUUCAUAAAACAAACUUUUGUCAUAAAAGAAUGUGUAGUGUUCACCUGUGGUCCGGUUUCUAACGAGAUAAACCAUUUUCACCUCA